AUGAAAGAUGAGAUCGCAGAGGCGCAGAAAAAAGGAAGACAAAAGACCGCUGCUCAAAAGGAAGCUGAUCUGGUUGCACUCCAGAAACUUGGAUCGAUAGUGGAACGAUUGAAGGAAACUGCUAUUGAAACACAGGAAUCAGCAACAUUGACGAAUCAGUCUGAAAGGAAUUCACAGGCACCAAGAGCUCAAAUGCAAAAUCAAUCUGCAAGAGAAAGAACGCUGCCAGAACCUGAAGCUAUGCCAACAACAACAAGGCCGUCUGAUACUAAGACAAAAUCAGAUAAGGAAUUUCCAUCUUCAACACUGAAGGCUGCUAUACCCGAUCAAGUAGAUGCAGACUUGAUAACUGCUGCAUUUUCAGGCAUUAUGGAUUUACAACUGCAUACACAUUUUUCGGACUUUAAUGAAGUAGAGAAAGUUUCGUUGUUUGAUCAUCAUAAAACAACAUAUUCAUAUGGUCCAGUUGGUGGCACACCUGAUACCUCAAUAGCAAACCAUCGAUGUUUAUUAACUAUUAAGGCGGUAAAUAAUAUGACUAUUGACUGCGAUGUAGAGUCAAAUGCCAAGAUUGAAGACAUUAAAGAACGUAUUCAUGGAUUAAAAAAAAUACCAGCUAAUAAACAACGUCUUAUAUUUGCCGGAAAACAGUUAGAAGACGGCAAAACUAUAAAUGCCUAUAAUAUAUCCUCCAAAGCUACACUUCAUCUCGUAAUAAGGGUAUCUGCUGACAAACCAGUUAUUUUGGAUGCUGCAACCUUAGAUCCGGUACAUAAUUUUGACUUUACAAAUAUCAAAGAUGAUCACGAAACAUUUAGACGAGGCGGCGAACAAUAUAUUCGUCCGUGUGGAUUCAGACGAUAUGCUCUCAACGUUACUGAUAAGUAUGAAAAUUUAUCAUGGAUAGGUUGCGAUAAUGGUAUAGGCGAAUGGCCUGUAUCAUAUCAUGGGACAGGUGAAUUUGAAAAUAAAACAAUGGCACAGAAUGGCUAUGCUUUAACACAAGGACAACAAUAUCCAUUUACUAGUGGCGUCUAUUCAACUCCAGAUAUAAAUUUAGCAGAAAAAUAUGCAAAAAAGUUUACUUAUAACAAUGAACAAUAUAUAGUUGUCCUUCAAAAUCGUAUAAAUCCUACAACUUUGAAAAAGCUUCAAUCCAAUCGUUCAGGAGCUGGAGAUUAUUGGGUUAGUCCAAACGACACAGACGUACGUCCAUAUGGCAUUUGCAUUCGACAAGUCGAGAAUAAAGUUGGUCAUUGA